AUGUUGUGUACUGCGGCAGGAAUUAUGUUGGGAGUCAUUGUAGGACUCUAUGCUCUAUUCGAGCUGCAUUACUUUCUACGGAUGUGCCUUUGUGUAAUUAUUGCACGCUACUUCAAGAAAAAAAUGCACAUCCUCGAUCCGACUAGUGUUGGGGGUUUAUGUCUCACAAAUGAUAUCGAUACCUUGUUGUACCAUAUGAACAAUGCUCGCUAUCUGCGUGAGAUCGAUUUUGCCCGAGUUGACUUUUACGAGCGAACACUACUCUAUAGAACCAUUCGCAGCAAAGGUGGUUCAGUUGUACAAGGAGCUACAACCAUUCGAUAUAGGAGAUUCAUACGACCAUUCACUCGUUUUACUAUUAGUUCUAGGGUUGUUUAUUGGGAUGAUCAAUCGAUCUUUAUGGAACAUCGAUUCAUUGGAUUGUCAGACGGAUUCAUCCAUUGCAUUGCUUUAUGCCGCCAACGUGUCAUCGAAUGUUCGGUAGAGGAUGUUAUGGCGACACUGUUGAAACCCAUCACAACCCACACGGACAGCUCGACAAGCUGUUUAGAUAAGCUAGAGAGUGGAAUGGGUCCAGCAGGAGGCGUCUUGGUUAGUAACGGUACUAGCAAACUGAAGCCAGAAAUGCCUAUGGAGGUGGCAAAAUGGUUGGAAUGGAACGAUAUUUCCAGUGCGACUUUACGAAGCGAGCGCUAG